AUGGCCAAAUCGACCAAGAAACAAGUGGCUAAGGUGCCAGUAGUGGAGGAGAAACCGGAGGAGCAACUUCAGCUGGAAAACUCGUCUUCCUCGGAAGGUGAGUUGGAAGGACUAUCGGAGGCCGAAGAGAUGAGCUCUGAGGAUGAAGUGCAUUUGGGAGCAGAAGAUGAUGAAGCCUCUAAAUCCAACAGCGGAAGCCACACAGUCAAAAAGCUGGACGUCAAGAAGACCGGCGAAUCGAAGACCGGCAAGCAAACCAAGGCCCAGGCCAAGGCUGAAGGUCUUUCUGGAAUCAUUUACAUCAGUAGACUGCCCAAAGGGUUCCACGAGCGUGAACUGGCUAAGUACUUUUCGCAGUUCGGUGACUUGAGAGAGGUGAGACUGGCGCGCAACAAGAAGACCGGAAAUAGUAGACACUAUGGGUUCGUGGAGUUUGUGAACAAAGAGGAUUCGCUCGUAGCCCAAGAUACCAUGCACAAUUAUCUGCUGAUGGGCCAUCUCCUACAGGUGGUGGCGCUUCCCAAGGGCAAAAAAAUCGAAAAGCUGCACCACUACAAGCAGCGUGCGUUUCAGGAAACGCCCGUGACCAAAUCGAGCGCAGAGCUCAAACAGCGGGCCAUGGACAAGCAUGCGAAAAGAGAACAGAAGCUGGAAGCCAAGGGUAUAACCUUCAAGUGGUGA